AUGUCGAAAGCCGCCACGGAUGAAAUUCCAAAAACAGGUCGACUUGACGUCGUUCGUGAUUGCCCUCCUGGAUUGAACUACAAAUCGCGGAAGCAUUGGAAUCACCAGAGGAAUUUCUAUGUAAAGUUGGCAGGGAUGCAAGAUGAAUGGGUUGGAUUCUCAGACGGUGAAGAGGGAUCGGCCGAAGGUUCUAAAGAUGAGUCACAAGAGCAAGGGUUCAUAGGGUUCUUAAAUGAGUUUGACGAUGAACCUAUCGAAAUUCCUCGAAUUAAGAGACAUCGAACAGCAAAAGAUACUUCUAGUGGAGUUGAAGAUGUUGAUAGAGCUGCUGGACAUCACAGACUCACGAAUGAUCUUGAAAUUUCAUCACCACCUCUGGUUGAGCCUGUUGUCCCGCUUCUCGACAGAGGUUCAUUUCACAGUCGAAAGGUCCGCAAGAAAUCUUCACCUCCAACUGCCAUUGAUAGAGCGUCAAGAUGUGCACCUCUAGAGACACGAGCCCGAUCUCUCAGAGCUUCACGGGUUACACCAAAGCAUACUCGUCUGAUAUCACGCGUUCAGAGACAACAGGAACGAUCGAACUCAAUCUUUUACAAUGUUGCGCCUCCAAAUUUAUCGCAAAGCAAUACCGGACAUUCCAGUACCGAGAAAUUUUCUUCAAAGGAUGCUUCUACUCAAAUCAACCUUUCCUACUCGUCGGCAGUCUCGGUUCUUUCAGAAGAAUCGGAUCAAACGCCUUCAGCAGGUGGUACGGUAGGCUUGCUCUCAAUGUCUCACAAUGGUAUGGAACAUUCAAAUAGUCGCCUGGUGUCAAGCAAUCUUUCAAAGCAAGAUAGGCGUAUUCAUACUUCACGAAACGUUGCACAGGUCACAUCAAUGGUUCCCACACCAUUCUCAUCAUCUGCCAUUGCUUCUUGUGCAAUGCAUGCUACUUCACCUCCAAAGAUUGGUCCAGCAGAGCCUAUAGCUUUCUUUCCAGCACUGGGCCAACACCCUCCUGCUACUGUGUUUGCUGUAGCUGCUUCUCCAACAAGAGUUUUACCUAUCAUCGAUUCAAGUCUUUCUGUGGAAGCAUUAUCAACUAACAUCGGUGGUCCCUCACUCGAUGGUCAUCUGAGAUCGGAAUUCCCAGCACAAGUUCAACCGUUCAAUUCAAUACCUGCCACAGCACUUCAAAUUCCCGUUGGUCGGCCUGCUAUCGCUUCAAUUGCGUCUAUGCAAGUGUCGCCUCGCCCUUCACCAAAUGGCACUAUCAAUGAAAUUAUCGACGCUGACAAUUCUCUAAUGUUUAAUAUUCCUUGGUACAAUCUUUGUCCACGCACAAAAUUAUUGGAGCUCCAAGAAAUGUGUCUACACCAUCUAGAUUUAACAUAUCUUGCCAUUGUUUCAGGUGAUUUAGAACUUUCUUAUGAUCCUGACCUUGAUUUGGGAGGACUCGAUCUUCUUGUUGAACAUGGCAUCCAACUUGACUGGGUCACUUGA